UGUGUAAACUGACACCAUCGCGUCUUUCUCCUCACCGUUUGGAGCCGAGAGCGUGCGGAGGAACCCAGGCAGCGGCUGAAGCGUCUCCUCGUCCGCUACGAGCUACGAUGCAGGAAUAAGCGCAGAAAUCCCACAGAAGAGCGCAGUGACGGCGGCGGUCAGCGGGAAGAAACUCUGUCGUUUUCAGCCCGGUGUUUUGUUGCGGACCAAAUAAAGGCUGCUUGGCGUGGAGGAGCGGUGCCUGCGUCAGGGCUGACAGAGGCAGUUCCCUGACAUCUGGAGUCUCCACCAAUCCUUUGUCCAAUCAGGACCAGUGCUGGCCAACUAGAACUACCAGCUGGCUGCUCAGAAGCACCCAGGAUUACAAGGGGGCCAACUAGAGCCAUCGCUGUCCAUCCAGAUCGACUGGUUGACCAGUCAGAAGUGUUACUGUCCAGUCUAUAAAUCAUAACCAUCUUUAUUCAUCCAGACCUACCAUUCCUCCAAUCAGAGCCAUAGAUUGAACUGGUAGGACCUUCACCGUCUGCUCAAGAUUCGUUAGUCAGUCAUCCAAUCAGAAUCAUUGCUGUGUAGUUGAAGCUGGUCGUUAUCCAAUCAGAAACAGACGAGAGACAUCUGGAGAAAUGGGUGGGGCCAAAGUCCUACUCGUGAUGUUUGUGAUCGGCCUAGAAAAUGGAAUGUGUAUCAACUGGAAUCCAGUCCCACGGAAGACGGUCCGACAUAACGAGGUGAUGGACAGCAUGGCACGGUUCCGUGCCGUCGGCGUGUGGAACUACACUAUGUUGACCCUGUCAGACCAUGAGAGGGUUCUGUAUGUCGGAGCCAGAGAAACCCUGUUUGCACUGGACCCCAAUGACAUCAGCAGACAGCUAAGACCCCAGAUUGACUGGCCGGCCCCUGCGGAGAAGAAGAGAGAGUGUGCAGCGAAGGGGAAAAACAACCAGACGGAGUGCUUCAACUACAUCCGUUUCCUGCAGACUUAUGAUCGGACUCAUCUGUACACAUGUGGGACGUACGCCUUCCAGCCUAAGUGCACCUACAUUAAUUCAGAUCAUUUCACUCUGAACAGCUCCGCCCUGGAGGACGGGAAAGGAAAGUGCCCCUACGACCCUGCCAAGGGGCACACUGGCCUCAUCGUGGAUAAGGAGCUGUACUCUGCCACCCUGAAUAACUUCCUGGGCAACGAGCCGGUCAUCCUGCGCAAUCUUGGACAGCAGCACUACAGCAUGAAGAGCGAAUACCUACCAGCCUGGCUCAACGAGCCGAACUUCGUGGGCUCAGCGCUGGUGAGGGAGAGCCGGAACAGUCGAGAAGGAGACGAUGAUAAGAUCUACUUCUUCUUCAGUGAGAGAGCCGUGGAGCUGGACUGUGACACAGACCUCACCGUAGCUCGAGUAGCACGAGUGUGCAAGGGCGAUCUGGGGGGCACUCGGACGCUGCAGAAGAAGUGGACCACCUUCCAGAAAGCUCGAUUGGUCUGUUCCAUCCCGGAGCGCCACAUUACCUUCAACAACCUGCGGGCCGUCUUCACUCUGCCGACUGCUGACUGGAGGAGCACCGUGUUCUACGGGGUUUUCCACGCCCAAUGGGGGGACGUGGACGUGUCCGCUGUGUGUCAGUACCAGAUAGCGGAGGUGAAAAGUGUGUUCGAGGGCCCAUAUAAGGAGUACCGAGAGUCAUCUCAGAGAUGGGGGCGAUACACGGGACCUGUGCCCAGCCCCCGCCCCGGAGCGUGCAUCACGAACUUUGACCGUGAGAAUGGCUACAACAGCUCACUGCAGCUGCCUGAUGCCACGCUGAACUUCGCCAAGAAACACCCUCUGAUGGAGAUGAGGGCAGAAUCGCGCCCCCUGCUGCUCACGAAGGGAAUUAACUUCACCCGGCUGGCUGUGGACCGAGUCAGCGCACUGGACCAGAGAGCCUACAGCAUGCUGUUCAUUGGAACAGCGGAUGGCUGGCUGCAGCGAGUGGUCAUCCUGGGGUCAGAAGCUUACGUGAUCGAGGAGAUCCAGCUGUUUGAUUCGCCGCAGCCGGUGGACAGCCUGACCAUUUCACACAGCAAGAAGUAUUUAUAUAUAGGCUCUCGGUCAGAGGUUCUGCAGUUGCCCUUGGCUAACUGUAGUCGGUAUCAGUCCCAGCCGGACUGCCUGCUGUCCAGAGAUCCGUACUGUGCCUGGGACAGCGAGGGACGCGCCUGCGUACGGAUCGACCUCCACCGCGGGUCCAUGUCCACACUCACGCAGGACCUCAUGCUGGAGAGGUUUAAAGCCAAAGCCAAGUUUGAAAAGCCUGUCUCCAUCCCCAGCCCUGAGCAUUCCAGGCUGAGGAACGUCACCGUGGUGGUGGGUUCGGAUCUGGUCCUGCCGUGCCAGCUCGUGUCCAACCUGGCUCAGCCGUCCUGGGUGCUGAAUGACCGGGAGCUGAUCCUGUCUCCCGAUAAGGACACCGUGGGGCCCCGCUUUGACCGGGCCCUCCGCGCCCUGGUGGUGCCUCAGGCCGGAGCCCAGCAGGCCGGCCGCUACGUCUGCUUCUCCGAGGAGCAGGGGGUGAAGUUCCAGACGGAGCGCUAUCAGGUGGCGGUGGUGGCCAGCGCUCCGGUCUUCAUGGAGGUUCGCGCUCCGGACGCCAGCAUGGGGCUCUUCUGGGUUUUGGUGAUCACCCUGGGCGCGGCCUGCCUGCUGCUGCUCAUCAUCUCCCUCUACCUGCGGAGGAGGCUGAAGCUGGCUCUGGGGAAAGGAGCCGAGAUGAAGCCCCUGGAGAGCACGCUCGUGUACCCCAUCACGCUGCCCAAGGAGCCGCCCACUUUCGUGCCCAGCAAGAUGGCCAACGACGAGGACCGCUUCUGGGAGACCGGCGCCAAUUACUAUUAUUCAGACGGGUCUUUAAAAAUCGUGCCAGGCCAUGCCAUGUGCCCGACCGCCAGCACAUCCUCACCGAGCGCCAUCCCCGGCCAGCCUCUGCACUCCCCCAGCCGGCUGAGCCUCACCAACAUCCGCAGCUCGACCUCCAACGGCUACGUCCGGCUGAACCUGAGCGUGGGAGGGGAGGAGAGGGGCAGAGGAAACGGAGGGAUGGCCGGAGGAGGGGGUCUGGGCGUGAGCGGCCGAGAGAACGAAUAUUCCAGCCCGUUUAAGGAGGAAUUGAGGAGGACCCUGCAGCAGAGGAGCGUGCUGCCCGACGCCAAUCCCGAAGAGUCGAGCGUGUAAAGGUCGCAAACUGACCCCAGAAUAACCUCACCUACCUCCCUCCUUCACGGAGAAACAUCCUCUCCUUCUCUAUCUUCUCUUUUCCUCUCUCUUUUCGCCAUUCGACCCAUUCUCUCUCUCUCUCUCUCUCUCUCUGCAGACGCUCCGCUAAAGCUGUGUGCUUUUUUUUUUUUUUGUCUUUUUCAACACUUGUUGUUUCUCGCAGCUAACAGCCACAAGCUUCUUCAAACUUAGUGACUUCAAUUCUAGCAUUCAGUGCGUCUUAACAAGCUGAUUUUACACGUUUUAAAUGACGGCAGGUCCGCACCCGAAGUGGGCCGCAAAAACACAGGCACAGCUUAGUGACUGGCUAACGGACACCAGUGUAGCUGCCAGUCGAGACUGCGUAUGUAGCGGCGCCCCUAACUGGCGAGUGGAGGGAUACGCGCUCGUUUGUCGUCGUGAACACGGCUUUCUGGAUUUUUUUCACUCUUUUGCCAGCGGAGACGGAGAAAGGUGGGGCCAAGAAAUCGGACAAAUCAGAACUUUUUUGCGCUAGACGACAAUCAUGCUUUUCUCUCGUGCAGCAAACCUGAGGAGGAGAAAGUGUGAACAAAAGAAGAGAGGGGAACAAAUACAGUGGAGCUGUGAACGAAAGAGAGAACGAACGGACGAGAAACAAUCAGACUUUCUACACAGCCCUGUUUGAUUUUUUUUUUUUCCUGUUGUCUUUUUUCUUGCAGAAUGUCUUGAGACUCAAAGCACUAAUAUAUUGUGAUGUUUGUAAUUUAAAGACUUUUUUCUGUAAUAUUCAGACUGAUGAAGACGGAAAUGGUGACGUCUGUUGGCUUUGAGUUGGAAUGUGAAAAGAGAUCGACUCUGUCCCCAAACCAAACCUUUAUUUCACGCCCACUGUGUGAAUAGCUUGGGGGGUAAACUGUAUAUCAUGACUGUACUGGAUGUUUCAACAAGUGCAUUAUUGUGUGCGUUUGGCUGGGGAUACGAGGACAGAACGGCAAGUGAAACGAGCCCAUAGUCGGAGAAAUCUGUGGGUGUUGGAACUUUCUAGAAUGCACACUGCCUGUUAAGCAUGAAUCGCUUUAAAUGAACUGGAUACCAAACGACUUGGAUGGACACAUCCACAAGGAUUUAAAAAAAAAGGAGACGCCUGAUUGGAUGCUUAAGCAGACCCGAGGGUGGAUUUAUACAGCAGUAACCAAACAGAGGCUGACCUGACACAGGGUCUCUGCAUCGCGUCCGAAGCUUCAGGCGGGCUCUCGCAGGACACGAAAGGAGGACGUCGUCUUAUUUAUGCUCGGAUGAAGGAGACGGACGUGGGUCAUCUGUGUAACUCCAGCGCUGGAGAGGUACUACCACGGACAGCGGGGGUGUCUACUUUGUUGCAUGACGUGCUACAGAAGCGCCGUAGCCCACCUUCUCCACAGUCGCCACUGCUGAAACGUUCAACUUCAACUCCUAUUCAUGGUUGAAAGUCUUGAAAGAAACAUUGCGAUUUUUUUCUUCUUCUUCUUCUUUUUUCUUUCCGUUUCUUUCUUUCGCCGUGCCUCUUCACGUUGAGUUAAGCCAAAGUAGACUGCAGAUGUGUUUUAUUUUUCUCUUCUAACCAUUUCUUCUUCUUUUUUCGUUUUUCUUAUUUUUUUUCCAUUCCAUUUCUUUAUUUAAGUCUGGAGUCCGUCCACUGCACAGAAAAAGAACUGCUCUGUGGAAACUUACUGAAUAUUCUCUUUGUUAUUAAUCUCUUUUUGAUGGAAAAAUAUAUAUAUAUUUUGUGGCAUGACAGCUUUAUGAUGUUUUCCAGCAGCCGUUGGUUCUGUAGCGAUAUCUAUCAUCGUCCAUUACAGGAGGGAACUAAAGAUAUUGGGGUAAAAAAAAAGAAAUAACCUCUAUAGUGCUGGAGGUUUAGCUGUCUGAUUAGUUUUCUACUUCGUUCGUUCUUCAGUCCGCCUUGCUUAUUGUGCGCAAGGUAAAAAACAACAACAACUUCUCAGGGUGGGGCUUUUUGACCUUGUGAAAUAAUAAAGAAAGAAAGAAAAAGCGCUGUGCUGACUACAGGUAGGAGGUUCACUAGUGCUUUCAAUUUUGUCGGGUUAACUAGUUUUGAUUUAGUUUAAUGGGAACGAAUCUGUCUUAAGCGAUGGAGCCAUACGGCCCAGUUUAUUGCUGCAUUUAGCGAAUAAGAGUCUAUGAAGGCCAGUGAUCAGUUGAGGUUGCCAUUUCAAGCUCAGUUCACUGGAUAAAGUUACGGGAAACACACGUACGGAGACUUUUCCUAGUAACUGUUUUUCAGUCUCUGUACUUCCUUCAUAAUUUUACCAUUUUUCACUUGCUUUGCUGUCAGUAACCCUGCGAUCACACCAGCAGCGAUCGACAUCGUUGGGUGCCGUGAUUUCAUUGACGCCGGGCACAAAUCAGAUGCGUUCUUGCUGAAAUCAAAUAUCCUGGUGUGCUUAUUGUUAAUUAUUCAUUUAAUCCCUGUCAGUUGGUGAGGGAAAGUGUUUGGUCUUUACGAUAGCGCCUAUUUGAAGCGAACAGUUACAGGAACAGUUAUCUAGGAACCAAAACCAGAGCGUACUGUUUCACAGUGAUGGAGAUCUGAACUGAACGCUCAAUUCCUAUUGGUCGUCGCUUUAUGGCUUCGCUCCUUAUUUGCAUAAAGUUAAACUCUGCCAGAGCUGGUUUAUGAGGAGUCUGGCUGCUUCCUAUUUCGCCUAUUAUAUAAAAAACAGGACGGCAAAACAGCAGAGGGCGCCCACGAGUGAGUCCUCAAUGAAUGGGAGUAAAUGGAGCUAAACGGCUAAAAACAAACAGUUAAAACAGUUUCUAAUCACUUACACAGGACUUUCCUUAAUUCCAGAAAGUAAACAGAUUGAUUAUUUAUUAUUUAUUUAGUAUUUCACAACAAAAAAAACUCCUAUAAAACUCACCUGUGUGUUUCCUUUUUUCUACAGCAAACAGGUUUUGGGCAGUAUGAUGUUAGCAUUACUGCCA